AUGGGCAUUGACACGGGAAGUCAGCUCCCGCUUCUCACUGAAGUGGCUGGAGACGGUCCUGAAAGAGGAAAAACAGAGGCAGGUUUUGAAGAGAAAUUAGGGCAGUGGAGAGGAGGAGGGAGGGAGGGUCCUGCUUAUGCAAGAGCCGGUAUAAAAGGGGGAGCUGAGUCCCUCGUUGAAAUCCGGAAGAGUGGGGCAAAAGGAGUGCACGAGCCUCUUCGCUGCAGAGCAGGUUUGAGAGCAGACACCGUGGAAGUAAUUUUCAACAUGAACCUGACAGCAGUUCUUCUCUGUUUGUUGAUGUGCCUCACCACAGUGACUUGUGACCGGGUCUACGUUCACCCUUUCAAUUUGUUUUCUUUCAACAAGAGUACCUGUGAGGAGCUGGAAAGCCUGGUCCAGGAGGGAAAGAAAACUUUUGUCCCCAUCUCGAUUGAGUCCCAAACCCCACCUGCCUAUGAAGAUGACCUGAAUGAAAAGGACAAGGUGGAAACUCCAGGCUUGAGUGUCCAUGGGAGGCAGAAACUGAGCUACCUGAAGGACUUUGUGCAUGUCCUGGGUAUGCGGUUUUACAGCGAACUGCGGGAAGCACGGCAGGGCCAAAACCUGCUCCUGUCCCCAACCAGUCUGUACGGUUCCUUGGUGUCUUUCUACCUGGGCGCCUCAAACCAGACGGCAGCUGAUUUGCAGGGUUUGCUGGGAUUUGUUCCCCCCUCUGGAGACCCUGACUGCACUUCCAGGGUGGAUGGACACAAAGUCCUUUCCAGCCUGAGGACGAUUGAAAGCCUCAUCAAGA